GAUCUAGCAGAUAUGAUGGAGAAGAACAGUGAAGCAAAGUGGGGCAAUUGGCUUGGUUAUGUCUUCGUCCCCUUCACAAUUGCUCUAAAAGAUGAUCCAUUGGACUAUAUUCGCGAUGCAAAAGCUACAAUUGAUCGAAAGAAGCACUCUCUUGAAGCUCUUUGCACUUUCUCCAUUUCUGGAUUACUUUUCAGUCUUUUUGGCAUCAAGUCAACAACUGCUCUACUUCAUAGAAUUUUCUCCAGCACCACAAUGGCUUUCUCCAAUGUAGUCGGACCAA